AUGUUGGAACCGACGCGAAAUCCUCUUCUUCUGCCAGAGAUUGUUGGCGCCGUCUUGGACAACGUCAAUAUCCGUGAUCUCUUAAGCUGCGCCGGUGUAAACAGGACAUGGAAUACCCUUGCCCUGAAGAGGAUGUACGAGGGCUCGGUGUACGACUUGCAACGCCGGACCCCCGACAUCACCUCUUUGAACUGCCUCUAUGUCGCUUCUCGAGAGCGUUUUGCACGCUGCAUGGGCCAUGUAAAACAUCUCCUCAUAGCGCCGGAGCAUCCAGUCGAGAAGAAAGAUGUUGGGAUGCCGAAGAAAUUCGUUUCCCUAGAAAAGUUUCGCCCAUUGCGCGACCCCGAAUCCGCCAAGCGCCUUUUUCAAGCAUACAAACCAGGCGUCAAGAGCCUCAUGAUUCCGUUUGGGAUGCAUGGAUGGGAACAGUCUUAUAUUGACGUUCUUCUUACAGAAACUGUGGAGUUCCUGGCCAUCGACGACUCAUUCUGUCCCUUCCUGGAGCCCGCUUACCGGCCCGUUGGUAAUAUCAAAGCUCUCACAAUCUACAAGUCAGGCUCCAACAGAGACGUGACCAGUCUCUGCUCGUUGAUUGACAGAUGUGACCUACACUUCUUCCACAUUGAGGAUUCGCGUGAACCUGAACCCAUGAGCGACGAUCACACCACACAGCUUAUUGAAUGCCUUGCACGGCAGCGGAACCUUAAGGCCCUAGCCCUGAUGAUUCCUGAGGUAUUAUCACCGCUUGCUCGGGUGGUUGAGAACGGGAACCCAUGGCCAGGGUUGAAAGCCUUGUACUAUGGGCAGUAUGAUGACAGAUUUUCCAUCCCGCCCGUUGUUCGAUUGCCAAGAUUUAACGAGCUCGAAAUUCUCAGCAUUCCAAGGAUUGAUCCUCUCUUGACAAUUAUCGGCCGUGAUCCCGGGAUCAAGAACCGAUUGAGGGUGUUGCACCUUGAAUUGGCUGAUAUCAGCGAUACGGAGCCUGUUCUUGACAUCUUGCCCGGUUGCAACAGCUUACAGAAGCUCAGCCUCGGAGAACUGGACGACAGCGGCCCUGCUGAGGCCUAUGCAAACUUUUUCCAGCGUCUUCCACCCCUGCCUUCCUUGCAAUGCCUUGUUAUUCCUUGGGUCUUCAAAAUGAAAAUCAAUCUCAUCCAACAUGUUGCAUCGCUGUAUCCACAACUAACUGUCCUCGACCUGAGUCAAGCUGAUCUGACAGUCUCUCUUAACUCCUUACAGAGUAUGUCCUCAAUCACGCAAUUGCAGGUAUUGCAAUUGUCGGAAAUACCGUUCAACAACCCUCGUCGGUGGAUGCGAGGGACUAGGUUGCAACAACUCGCCACCGAAUGGAAGAGGGUAUUUCCCAGCCUCCGAACUGUGCCUUACGGAGGAGACAACUGCACCUUUCCUAUGACGUCCCAGGCUGUUAGAGAGCAUCUGCUCUCCGAACCGGAUGAGUUCGCGUAUCCCCCAGAUUCUGACUUCUUGAUGGGACGAUUGUGCACUGUCCUUGGCUACAGAGCCCGUAUUGACAGUCACCUUGACUAUGACUUCCAGACCAAGAUGGAAAACGAGAUCAUUGGCUGGCCCGUGGUGCCAUUCGUCGCGUUUCAGCAUACAGAUUCCUACUCGACCUAUUCUGUCUAG